CGGUCCCUUCGGACUUUCCUCUCAGACAGUGCAUAUUUUGUACACAGCGGAGAAAAGCUUGUUUUGAAGAAAACUCGCUCGUAACCCGUUUUCUACAUCAGUACGAAAUAAAAGAGGCUUCAAUUGUGUAGUAGAAACAUUUUGCUCGCGAGUUAUUGAUCCUGAAAAGUCGAAUCUGUGAAUAUCUUGCCAACUUUUUCCGAACUCUUUUUUAAGUUCUCACUCCGUUUGCAAAAUGGAGAGAAUGACUACGAGUGACCAUGGAGCUAACCACGGCAUCGUUAACCCGGUUUAUGGAUUACCAGCAGCAGCAACAAGCAUGCACGGACCUGCUGCACUCCCUGCAAACAUGUUCGAUACAGUCCCUGGAUAUGAAGGAACAGUGGCUGGCGGAGGCGGUGGCUAUCUUCAACCUCCCAUGCCAUCUGUACCGAUGCCAGUGCCUGCACAGACCCCCAGCCCACCAGUCUGGCAUAUACCCUCCAUCUCAGAGGACAGGGCACGUGCAGCUUUCGCAACAUACGUCUCCAGCAAGUGCUGCUAUAGUUCUGCCCCCGUCAGAGAGGGAGUAAUAACCAAUAUGGAGUCCUUUAAUACCUACAGGUAUCGUUUGGAGACGUUCAUGGAGUCCAGAUCUACUGAAUGGAGUCAGGAGCCUUACACAGGUCAGCCUGUGGAUGCUGGUGUUCAGCCUGCUCCAGGUCCGUGGCAGAUUACAGCUCAAUCUCCGGCCUUCUUUCAAGAGCACAAGCAGACCAUUAAAGUGCCCUAUACUUCCUCAGUCAAGAACUGUCACUUGUGUCUGGGAAUGGGAAGAAACCCCUGUACAACCUGUGCUGGAGCUGGAAAUAAAGUCUGUCGGCUGUGUAAUGGUUCUGGUUACCGUAAUUCUAAUGACAGCUGCACGCACUGCAAUGGGCGCGGACGUGAAAACUGUACUUCAUGUAGCAGCAGAGGCUCCUGCCAGUGUGACACCUGCCGUGGAAAGGGAAAGCUGCUUGUAUUCAUUAACCUCAAUGUUAAAUGGAGCAUAGAGAAGGAUGAUUUCGUAGCGCAAGAUUCAAGUGGUCUGAAAGUGGAUAAACUGGAGGAGGUUUCGGGUAAAGAGCUCUUCAAAGACGCCCAGUAUAUGGUCUAUCCAGUGAGGGGCUUUCCAGAUGUUUCUGUUGCACAAGCUUCUGAGCGUUUAAUAAGAGAACAUCAGGGGAAAUAUGCCCAAACAUCCCGCAUUUUACAACAGAGGCAGACGAUCGAGCUCAUUCCCAUAACCAAAGUGAACUACAGGUGGAAAGGAAAGCCUAAUUUUUACUAUGUGUUUGGAAAUGAGUUUAAAGUGAACGUUGAUGACUAUCCCGCCACCUGCUGCUGUUCUGUCAUGUAACAUCAAGCGAUAUGACUGAAAUCUUAUAUCACGAUAACAAUAUAUAUCACAAUAUUUUUUUUCUUUUAAAAAGUGUUUUAUAAUAUUAAAAUCUUUGAUAUCAUAGAAUUUAAAUAAUCAUUGUCACCAAUGUCAGUAUUAAACUUAGCCUAAACAGAGACAUAACAAACAGGCUCACUGAAGAUAAAUAAACAGUGAUGAAAUAAGGAUAAAAAACUAACUGCAAGGAAUAGGAAAAUUAAAAUUUACAAUAAAUAAGAAAAGCUACAUACAUUGUAUAAAUUGACUAGUCUUCACUGUGUUAAGUUAGUUCUUCUUCUUAUCAAAGUUUUAAAAGUGAUUUAAUCAAGAAUAGUGAGAGAUUUUCAUAUUAAUCUCAGUCCGGAUUUAAUGUACUGUUAUGCGUUUUCUUUUUCAUCUAUUUACUCUUUCGUAAGAGAGUGUAAAUAGUGCAAAUAGCAAUAAAUAAAUAGCACUAAGUGAAAAUUGCAUAUUUUCUUAGUGAUAGAUACUAUUUACACUAAGUGCAAAUAGUGAUGGAUGCUAUUUACACUAAGUGCAAAUAGUAACAGAUUCUAUUUAAACUAACAGUACACUAAACUUUACGCUACAGUAUUUUUAACAAUAUGCUAUUUACACUGCAUACAAGUGCAGAUAGUGAUAUAGAUUCUAUCUACACGGUUAAAAUAGGAUUUUCUGAUAUUUAUACUACUUAUUGCAAAUAGUGGCAUUUAUAUGCACCUUAGUAUUAUAGUACAUUAUAAAUCAGUAUGCAGUAAUAACGUAUAGAGUGUAAAUUAUCAUUUUAAUUUAGAUUAUUAAAUGGAUGCCACCUUAUUGGGACAAUAAAGCCCACCAUUCACCUAGCCUAACCCUACCAGAUAAUGUAUUUUCAACUUUUUUAUUAUUUCCUUCAUUUUUUUGGUAAAUAAAUGCCUUUCCGAUGUGAUAUGAGAUCUGAAAAGGGAGAAAAGUUUGGUAAAAGGCGGAUUCGAACCCAGGUCAAUUGUCUGUCGUCUUUUAUACUGGUGACCAUCCCUAUCACACGUUUGUGGGUGGAGCUAGUGUAAAUAGCCUCUGCCAACCAAGUGACAGCCUUCCGGUCUCUCUAGUGAAGCCUAAACAGAAGUGACUAAAACUGCAAUUCAUCAACUGGCCGCUAGAGGCUGGCUCCAAAAGGGAGUCAGUCUCAUAUACUCCCCUAGUUAAAGUGCUCAACUUUACAGCAGAAAACAACACGUUUACAGCCUGGUUCAAAAAGUGGUUUUGGUCUAUAUAGUUAAUUUUGCCCUUCAUGACAAUUGUGGGGAGGUGGGGGGGGGGGUUAUAACUCAUCCUUUUAAAUUAUAUUAAGCCUUAAAGAGCUAGGUGGGUGUGGUUUCAUCAACCAGCUCCCACCUCUUUGCCCAUUUUUUAAGGAUUAGGAAGAAGUUUGAAUAAAUAUUUUAAAAUACAGGCUGUGUCACUAAUUAAACAAGUAGGUUAUAUAUUCAGCUAAUGGACAGCCUCUUAUACGUAUGCUUCUCAUAAACAAUUAGUCAAUAUGCAUUAGGGCUGCUCUUCACUACAGAUUUUUUUGGCCGACUAGAAGUCAUUAAUUUUAAGCAUUAGUUGACUAUUUGUCACACUUUUAUUAAUAAACCAUAUAAAUCAUAAUAAGGAGCCUUUACUUACCUAUAGCCUUAUAAGCUAUCUAGCGUAUGGAAAAAUAGACUUGCCACAGCGCACCAGGAAAUACAAUUAUUAUGAAUUUGUUAGGGAAAAACAGCAAGUACACUGCAUUAACAUUUUAAUUUAUUGUAACGUCAUAAUUAAUUGUUACACUAGUGCUUCUGAUUUCUGUUUAAGAGAUGAUGUCUGCAACAGUGACUAAUCUACGCAGCACCUGUAUGCAUGUUUCAUACUUAUUACAUAAUGUGAGAAUAUUUGUUUUCUGUUUGAAUUGGUUCAUUUAAAAGUUUCACUCUCUAUAAAUAUAAUUUUCAUGUUUGUAAUAAGGCAAGCAUCCACGGAAUUUCAAAAUGACAUGCUCAAGUUUUCAGAGACCAAGAUGGCAGAAAGUGCAUCAUGUUUGCUUUGAUUAUUUUACAAAGGCGCAACAUUUCAUUGCUAUUCUGUUAGUCUUUACAGAUACAAAAGAUGCAUUACUCUUAUCCGUAUGACCAAAAAUGAUGUAGUAUUUUAAGAGCAAAUUAUCACAGCAGUGCCUCCGUCUGUCCUGCAGUAGCCCAAGUGCACUACUGUUCAGCUUCCACACACCAUACAAAAAUGUGAACUUUUUUCUAGGCUAACAUUAGAUUGAGCUGUCAUGUGAAGUUGCUACUACAUACAUAUCUCAGAUGAUAAACCAUAUUUGAGGUCGAUGAAUGUUAGGUGAGCAUAUGGAUGUCCUGCCCAAUGUACUAUAUUACCACAUAGACCAGCCAUUAACAAUUUGUUCGUCACUGACUGAGUGACUCGCAACACGACGGACUUACAGACAAAAAAACUCAAGCUGCCCGAAUGGGGCAUUGUUUAUGCAGCUUAACCAUGUACACUGUAUAUACCAUUUUAUAGUCACCUGACUCAGUAUUACCAAAUGUGAAUUACUAAACCUCUUGUAGAUUGCAUGCAUUUUUCUAACUAUUGAAGAAUAUGAAGUAUAGUAGUCUGUAGUAAAUCUAUAAACAAAAACAAUGUAUUAAGAUUAAUAAAGUCAAAAUAAACUGAGUUUUGAAAAUAA